UGCCUAGUUAGCAUCGCAGGGCUGAGCCAGCAUUACGGCGCGUAGUCUAUUAGAUACAGACCUGUUACACCAUACUGUCCUUUCCUCACAUAUCUCAUUGCAUUCUUUUGCGGAAAUAUAUUGUAUAUUCUGUAGUUCCAAUCUAGAGAUCGCGUUCGCUCUAGAGUACUCUAUCUAUCGUGCUCUAUCGCCAUGGAUGUAGAGCUGUACGUUUAUGAUCUUUCAAAGGGUCUCGCGCGAGCUUAUUCGCUCGCUUUGACCGGAGUCCAGAUAGACGCAAUUUACCACACUUCUCUUGUCUUUGGCGGCGUGGAAUAUUUCUUCGGCCAUGGAAUACAGAAGACAGUGCCUGGGACCACGCACCAUGGCCAGCCCAUGGAGGUUCUGCACAUGGGUCGGACGGAGCUUCCGGGGGAGGUAAUACAGGAAUAUAUCAACUCUUUGGCUGAAGUUUAUACUCCAGAGUCCUAUGAUCUGUUCCUGCACAACUGCAAUAACUUCACGCAAGACCUCUCCAUGUUUCUUGUCGGCAAGGGCAUCCCAGAGCACAUAACGAGUCUACCGCAGACGUUCCUGAGCACUCCAUUUGGACAGAUGAUGAAACCGCAACUAGAGUCAGCUAUGCGUGGAGUUACACAGACCCCAACGGGCCAAGAGGUUCCAUCCGCAGCUGCUCCAGUCGCACGACCGCAAGAACGAGUGCCAGCGCCAGGGAAGAGAGUUGCUGUUACGGGCCAAGUCCACAAUGUCAGCAAUCUAAAAGAGCUAGAAGAAAUGCUGGCUGGCGCUAAGGACUCAUGUGCCGUUAUAUUCUUCACGUCCUCUACAUGUGCGCCAUGCAAAAUCUGCUAUCCCACAUACGACGAAUUAGCAGAGGAGGCAGGAGACAAGGCUGUGUUGAUAAAAGUCGACCUGAACUAUGCCUACGAUGUAAGCAUGAAGUAUGGCGUCCGCGCGACUCCGACAUUCAUGACCUUCUUGAAGGGUCAGAAAGAGAACGAGUGGAGCGGCGCGAACCCGGGACAGCUUCGAGGAAACGUCCGCAUGCUCAUUCAAAUGGCUCACCCACCCCAUCCUCAUGCGCAGUUAAGGCUGCCGAGCUUCCAGAGGAAACUCACAAAUUACGUUACGUACAAGAAGGUACCUCCGCUCGGGAAGCUUCAGCAAAAGAUCGGAUCUCACGGGCAAGAUCCGACGAUUCAGUCCGUUGUCGACUUUAUCAAGGCCAGGAACUCGAAUAUGCCAGCGGAAACACCGAUCCCCAACCUUUCGUCGCUUGCUGCGUUCAUCCAAUCCACUUAUCCCAGCCUGCCAUCCGAUAUCCACUUUGCUUUUGUCGACAUGAUGCGACUAGCCUUUCUUGAUCCCCGUGUGAGCGGGUUCUUCGCCGAGGAACCUGAACAGAAGACACUCCUCACUCUCCUUUCACGUUCCAAUGACCUUCCAUCAUGUCCCUACAACCUUCGUAUCGUCAUGCUUCAGCUCGCUUGCAAUCUAUUUACCACCCCUCUUUAUCCUGAACAGAUCGCUUCCUACCAGCCUCUCCGAGAGACUUGCAUCCGACUCCUCACCGGUUGUUUGCUUGACAGUCAGACGAAUCUGCGAGUGGUGGCCGCCUCCCUGGCAUACAACCUGGCUGCCUUCAAUCAUAACGAGCGGUUUGAAGGUCGCUCAGACAAAUUACCCGAAGCAGACCAAGUUGAGCUGGUCGCCUCUCUCCUAGAAGCGAUAGGCACCGAGGAAGAGAGCGUGGAGGCCUUUCACGGCUUCCUUUUCGCAUUGGGUCUUUUCAUAUACGAGGCACCUCUUGAUGGCGAAGUGAUCGACCUCUGCAAGGCGAUGGGGAUUACCGAAACGGUUGAGGCGAAGAGCAAGAUCCCUACGCUGAAGGAUGAGUUCCUUCUUAAGGAGGUUGGGAAGGAGCUAUUGCCUAAAGGACUUGCAUGAUUCUAUAAUCCUUUUGAUUAUUGCAUUUCUACAUAACUUGCGCCACUUAGAGAGUCUAUUUUCUCAGUACAGCAAUCGAUAGAGAUAUGUACCCAUUUUGGUAGAUGACUGGUACUAAGCAUAUUAUACAUUACUCACUCCCG